GGAGCGGGGCAGCGGCGGCUAAAUGGAGCGGGGCCGGCGGGAGGGUGGCGGCCCGCAGCUUGAGAGGAGCCAGAACCUCACCUUGCUCGCAGGCGACCAGAAGCCACGGUGCUGCCUGCAGGCAGAAAGCAGGAAUUGAUGCUCUUCUGUCAACAUAGUUCCUCACACUUGCCUGAGUGCCAUGCCUGGGCCUUGAUGCUUCUAAGAACAGCUGUUGAAAAUGGCAGAGAGAGCUGGGAAUGAAGAAGCAGUUCACCUAAGCAGCUUCCAUAGCCACAGAGGGAAAGACCGGGUAAACCGCAGGGAUGAAGGUCUUAUCACAAUAUCAGAUUCCUCGGAUGAAGAAUUGCCUUUGCAGGAAACACCAGCAGAGCAGCAGCGUGAGGAUGAUGAUGAUGAAGAUGUGGUCAUCUUGGCAGAGACCUCCAAGCAUCAGCAGCUCGUGCGUCCCAACGUCAUCAGACCUGCUGCUCGGUGGCAGGGUGCAAACGCUGUGGGAGAAGGAGGAUCUAAAAGCGCUGUAGGGCCUUUGGGGAGCGUGUGUGUGCAGGAUGAGAUCUCAGCUCUGCUGUGCCAGAAAGACCACACGGCGCUGAGCAGUGCUGGACCAAGCAAGGAGGAGAGUGUGAACUUUGCCUUGCAGCAGCCGGGGCCACCUGAGCUGAAUGGCCCCAGGUCUGAACUUACGAGCGACCCUGAGCCUGGCCUGAGUUUGUUUCCAGCAGUAAUAACGAGUCCGCAGCUUGUUAACAGGGAAUUUGUUAGUCUGGGGAAAGCAGACUUUCCACCACCACAAGGGGAAAAGGUGGAAGCCCAGGGCUGGCAAGGGGAGGACUUAAAGGCAGAGCUCUCGCAGAGCAUCGAUGGAACAGCUGCUGCAACCACCACAGAGCAGGAGAUCCAGGACAGCAGCCCGCCGGGUCCCCCCUGCCUGCAGCCUCUGGACACGGAGCUGCGCACUGUGCUCAAUGGCUGUGCUCCGCAGCAGGGGCAGCCCGAGGCAGGCUCAGCAUCUCUGAGGGCCUAUGGAGAGGAGGCUCCAGGGCCAGCCUUUCCCAGACCAGAGCCACAGCAGGAUGGCAUUCCGGGUCCUGCAUCACCACAGCCGGCACAUCCACCAGAGGAGACCAGGGGACAGCAGGCGACAGACAACGAGCGGCCCGGCCCUGCCUUCCCAGCGCAGGGCUCGCAUGAACUCGGGUCCAGCAGUGUGCCAGAACAAGGGGCUGCGGGGCAGGAGGACCAGGACUUCACUGCCCUGCUCAUCAGAGAGACAGAAGCGAGAUUUCCAGAUGUGAGGAAGGAAUAUAUUGAAGAGCUAAUCAGCAUCAAGGACUGCUAUGACUUAAACGUCCUUGCUGGCAGGGGCUCUUUGAUCUCCACGGCGUGUCAAGCUGAAUCAGGCUCGAGACUUUGUAACUUCCUUCUGGAAAACCCAGAUUACCCAAAGAAGGAAGGCAGGAUGGUUUUAAAUCCCACCAGCAGCCUGCUUGCCAGCCAAGAUGAGACAAAGGUGCCUAAAGUGGACUACUUUGACUUCUCCAAGCUUGCCCCGCUCGAUCAGCGGUGCUUUAUUCAGGCAGCUGACCUUCUCAUGGCAGACUUCAAGAUGCUGAGCAGCCAGGACAUUAAGUGGGCACUACAUGAACUCAAGGGACACUAUGCAAUCACACGAAAGGCCUUUUCAGAUGCCAUCAAAAAAUGGCAGGAGCUGUCUCCGGAAACCAGUGGGAAACGAAAAAGGAGAAAAGAAAUGAAUCAGUAUUCAUAUAUAGAUUUCAAAUUUGAGCAAGGUGAUGUGAAGAUUGAGAAGCGGAUGUUCUUUCUGGAGAAUAAGAGGCGGCACUGGAGGUCCUAUGACAGGCUCUCACUUCUCCCACCAGUGCUGCUGGAGCAGGAAUUCUAUGAGCAAAAAGUUAAAGAGAUGGCAGAGCAUGCAGACUUUCUCCUUGCUCUGCAGAUGAAUGAGGAACAGUAUCAGAAGGAUGGUCAGAUGAUAGAGUGCCGCUGUUGUUAUGGGGAGUUUGCUUUUGAAGAGCUAACUCAGUGUGCAGAUGGUCACUUGUUCUGCAAGGAGUGCCUAAUUAAAUAUGCUCAGGAGGCAGUCUUUGGCUCUGGGAAGUCAGAGCUCAGCUGCAUGGAAGGCAGUUGCACGUGUUCGUUCCCCACCAGCGAGCUGGAGAAGGUGCUUCCAGAAACCAUCCUGUGUAAAUACUACGAGCGGAAAGCCGAGGAGGAGGUGGCUGCUGCCUGUGCAGAUGAGCUUGUCAGGUGUCCCUUCUGUAACUUCCCAGCUCUACUGGACAACGAUGUGAAGAGGUUCAGCUGCCCUAAUCCCCGCUGCAGAAAGGAAACAUGUCGGAAGUGCCAGGGGCUGUGGAAGGAGCACAUGAACCUCACCUGCGAGCAGCUGGCUGAGAAGGAUGACAUCAAGUAUAGGACAUCCAUAGAAGAGAAAAUGACAGCGGCCCGAAUCAGAAAAUGCCACAAGUGUGGGACCGGCCUGAUCAAAUCGGAGGGCUGCAACCGCAUGUCGUGCCGCUGCGGAGCGCAGAUGUGCUACCUGUGCCGGGCCGCCAUCAACGGCUACGACCACUUCUGCCAGCACCCCCGCUCACCUGGAGCUCCCUGCCAGGACUGCGCCAAGUGCUCCCUCUGGACGGAUCCCACAGAAGAUGACGAGAAGAUAAUUCAGGAGAUUCAGAAGGAGGCUGAAGAGGAGCAGAGGAAGAAAAACGGAGAGAACAGCUUCAAGCGGAUCGGCCCUCCGGUGGAAAAGCCCAUGGAGAAAAUGCAGAGAAUUGAAGUCAUCCCCAGACCCGUUCCUCAGAACCUCCAUCAGCCACGGAUGCCUCCUUACCCCUUCGUUCACCCUCCCUUCCCGCUGCCCCCCGUCCGUCCCAUCUACAAUAACAUCCCCCUCAACAUCGGCCCCAUCCCCGCCCCCUACGUGCCCCCGCUGCCUAACAUGAGGGUGAACUAUGAUUUUCCCCAGAUCAACGUUCAGCUGGAGCACAACUUGCCUAUGCACUUCGGCCCUCAGCCUCGGCACCGCUUCUGACGCCGUUCGGAUGGCGUCGGUCCCUGCAGGACGAAGCCCCUGGUAGCAUCACCCCGUCCUGCUGCAGCCCCCACUCAGCCAGCUGCAGGGGAGCUGCUGUGCCUGGCACACGCCUGCACUACACCCUUAUCUAUAGCUUCUCCGGACCUUUACAAUCAAACAUUUCAACCUGUGCUGCAACAGGGCUUGGUGCUGCAUUUCCGAGGUCUCUUCCUAUGUUGGGAGUCCUUUUUUUUUUUUAAAAAAAAAAUUUUUAUUUGGCAAAGACUAUUCAGACAGCUGCUGAGAGGGAAAAUGAGACUUGUGGAGCACAGGGGAUGCAAAAGAUCCUUGGGAGUCUUCCAAAACUCCAACCUUCCUGCUGGCCAGAGCAGCUGCAACAGCCUGAGCCCUGUGGGAAGGGAGGAGGGACUUGGCACCUGAGUAAGACCUUCAGGAACAAGGUAAUGGGACUCGGCUGCCCUAAGCCCAAGGUUUGGGGUUCCCAUGUUCUCCAGCAUCCCUGUAACCUGCUAACACCUCCCAGCGGAAAUAAAUUGUUCCAAACCAAGUUAAUGUAGUGUAUUUAGCAUUUCUCGCUCUGCAUGGAGUGAGGGGAUGCAGCAGCCACCUCAUGGCUCAGUUCUUGUUCAGCAGCCCAGAGCCACAUCCCAUCUCAGGGCUCCAGGAAGCAGAAAACUCGGCCAUCUCGAUCCUUGAGAGCAGUUUGCCCCUUCUACAGGCUCAGGUGCUCAUUCCCAGCAGGAAGCUGCCCUCCAGCUUCCAGCACAUGGCCUUUCUGUUGCUGUUCUCAUGCAGGCCUCCCAAAUCCCCACCAGCAGUCAGGGGUAGGUAAUGGACAGCUGUGUGUGCCGGGUGCUGUGGUGUCAGUGUUGGUAACCACCAGCAUGUUCUGCAUUCAGGGGCUGUGCUUUGUGUCUGGAACAGCCUCCCCAAAAGCAGCAAAGCGUUUGGAGGGGCAAACCCAGCAGGAGCUCGGGGCUGGCUCUUACCCACCCCCUGUGCAGUGGAUCCCAGGUUGUUUGGGCUGUGCUGCAUCCUGCUUUCCCCCAUGUUCCAGCAUCCAGGUGUCCUUGGGCUGUGUUUGUUUUUCAGGUAGCACUUCCUUGCCUUUCAGAGUCCAUUCUCUGCUCUCAGACAUUUCCUGUGGGUUGGAUGCAUCCUACCAAGCGUUCCCACCCCUCAGUGCCGUGGUCUCUAGCAUUAAUAACCCAGUGGCAUUCACUUGCUGCUAUUACUUAUUAUUUUUUCUUUUUAAUGCUGUUUUUUUUUUAAUUAUUAUUUUUCCUCUUUAGUCUGUACCUGAAGACAGCCCCGGGGCCAAUGUGCUUGAGUUGCUGAGACCUGCCCACCUCUCUGACAGGUGGAUGAUGGGUGCUCAGGGCCUGUCCUGGGGAUGGAGGUGGCACUCAGUGCUGUGCUGCAGCUCUCAUCUGGCUGCAUUUGCUCUGCCUUGGUGCAGCACUGCAGGAUCUCUCGCAGGCACAGCUGCACCCUUUGCUGCUCUCCUGCAGCAGCCGUGUGCUCGGCACAGGCAGUGCUGUGAUAGCAGAAGUCGGGCUCCCGUUCCCUCUUUUGAUGCUUUGCAAAGAUGCACGGCCGUAUCGGGAUCUCAGCAUGGGCAGGGAGAAGUUUGGGGAUAGAGAAAAAGGGACAGAAGUGGUGAGGUGGCACUGGAGAUGGCAUGGGGUGGGUGGUGCCGGGGGUCUGUCCCCAUGUCUGUGGGUCAGUGCCAGCACCUCCCUGGGGCACGGGGCUCAUCCUGCUGCCCCACAGCCACGUCACACUGCAGAAGAGGCCUGGAGGAUUCAAGAGAGGGGCAGGGAUAGGGCUGUUCUCCCUCACAGCCGUGGUGCUGUGUGCCUGGGCUGCUCCUUCCCUCUGGCCUGGGAGAUGCCCAGCAGUGGUUCCUGGUCAUGUUUGAGUCCAUUGCUGGUUUGGGUCGUUCUGUUACAAAAGCAAAGCUCUGCACAGCCAGCAGAGCCACUGGCUGUGUCCCCUCAUGUCCUGGAGGAGCCGUGGCUGCAUCCUCUACCAGGUACUCAUUACGGUUAAUUGCGGUGUCCCGUUUAACUUGCCUUAAAGGUGGGGAGAGAAACUUAGUAUUUGCACUUAGCAAAAACGUCCUAUUAAAAGAAAGAAACCCUGUAAAGAUGUGCAUGUUCUGCAACUUUGUAUAACGAUAGCCGAAAGCAAAUAGGUUGGUUUAUUGAAAUAAAAGAAAUAAAUAUUUUUCUUUACCUUCCGGUAGUAAAACCGUUCUCCUAUUCCGUGUGUACAGAGUUUCCCUGUAUCAUAUUGUAAUUUUUGAAUUCUUUUUUCUUUUUCGGUGUUGUUUUUGUAAAUAAAUCUGUGCACUCUGG